AAAACAUUGAAAAAAAAAUGGUGAGAAAUGGGAGAGGUAGACAAAAGAUAGAGAUAAUAAAAAUGUCAAAAAAGAGCAAUCUUCAAGUUACGUUUUCAAAAAGAAGAUUUGGUCUUUUUAAAAAAGCUAGUGAACUUUGUACUUUAUGUGGUGCAAAAAUUUUGAUGGUUGUGUUUUCUCCUGGUGGAAAAGUGUUUUCGUUUGGCAAUCCAAAUGUUGCAGAGUUGGUUUACCAUUUUUUAAACCAUAGCCAUAAUUCUCUCUUUCUCCAACAGUUCAACAACAAUCUACAACUCGUUGAAAGCCGUCCACACGAAAUUAUUCAACGUCUCAACGAAAAACUCACUGAGGCGCACGCGAAACAGGAAAAUGAGAAAAACAAGAGAAAGUUUUUGGAUGCUUUAAGAGAAACCAGAGGGCAAAAGGGGUUCUGGUACGAAAAUGAUGUGUGCGAUCUCGACCUGAAUCAAACCGACCAACUAAUACAUGCUCUCCAUGACGUGAAGAAGAAAUUGGUAAGUGAGAUCUCCCAAUACUCUCAUCUGAAUGUUUCUCAGAGUUACGUGGGAGAAAGUUCUGGCAAUAUCACUCCAGGCAUUGUUGGUGGUCGCAAUAUUGAUGCUGGCCUUGAUCUUCCUGAUCAAAAAGGAAUGGUGGAUUUGAGUGCAUUCAACUACAAUCCAAACAUGGUUUCUUCUAACCAUGGACCGUCGUUUGGAUACCGUAACAAUGGAGGUAUCAUUCCCGGAUACAAUAUGAACUACAACAUGGGAAGUUACAACUUCAACCAGAGCUAGAGUCUGAAGCUAGAAGAACAGACUGUUAUAAAAUCAUCUCAAUCAAUAUUUGCAUUAUUUAGACAAUGGCCAUUGUAAGGAUAUUGCUUGUAUUGAUUUUAAUUUGUUUUUAUCUGUUUAUUCAUCAUUUUGUUUUUCCAGUUUUUGUUGUUCUUUUUUUCUUUGUAUUUUGGAUAUUUUGGGUACCAAUUUAUUUAAUUUUAAUAUUAUUUUUUCCACCAGAAUAAA